CCCUUCCCAGCUGGCAGCGGAGCGCUAGCUCCGGCACAAGAGAAAAGGGUGGGAGGAGAGCUGAGUCUGGCUGCCCGCAGCUUCUCUGGUUGAAUGAUUUCAGUUAGGGCACCGCACCCUAUCUAGGGUUCCGAUCUCUAAUUUAGCUGUGUUUCAAGGAACCCAGCAGAGCAGAUGCAACGCAAUCAGUCUGUGGUCACUGAAGAGUUAAAAAAACUGCUUAAAUCUUCUCUUUAGAAAAAUAUGAAACCCAAGGGGUGGAGACCACUAGCUAAAGGAAACGCUUAAAGCCAAUUUGGCUUUGUUAUGCAAGUUGAGUUCCUUCUGGGGCAGCAGAGAUGCGGAGUGCAGGCAAUGCAGUGGCUUCAGAGACUGAACCCUUUCUGAGCAAGGGCUGUGGCGUCUGAGGUUACCCAGAGAGUACCAGACACUGGAGCCUCCACCUCAAAGAUACUGCCACAAGUGUGGCCCGUGAGGUUUCUACUUGACUUCACCCUCUGGUGGGUGGCUGGAGAAGUGCCGCUCAGCCUGGAACCAUGGGCUCUACCAGCAGCCGCCAGAAGAAAGUCUUCAAUGACUCAGUCAGCGAUUAUGUCAACACUGAAAUCAUUAAGAAACAUUACAACUACACAGGGAAGUUAAACGAGAAGGCAGACAGUGGAAUAAAAGUGACCUCAGUGGUUUUUAUCAUCAUUUGUUGCUUUAUCAUCUUAGAGAACAUUUUUGUCCUGCUGACCAUCUGGAAAACCAAGAAAUUUCACCGACCCAUGUACUAUUUCAUUGGGAAUUUGGCUCUCUCAGACUUGCUGGCUGGGGUAGCUUAUACUGCCAACCUUUUGUUAUCUGGACACAAAACCUAUAGUCUCACCCCUGCCCAGUGGUUUGUCAGGGAAGGCAGCAUGUUUGUAGCUUUGUCAGCCUCUGUUUUCAGCCUGCUGGCCAUUGCCAUUGAGAGGUAUAUCACCAUGCUGAAGAUGAAACUCCACAAUGAGAGCAACAGCUUCCGCUCCUUCCUACUGAUCAGUGCCUGCUGGGUGAUAUCCAUGAUCCUAGGGGGGCUCCCUAUUAUGGGCUGGAACUGCUUUGACCACCUGCAGAGUUGCUCCACUGUGCUGCCCCUCUACCAUAAGCACUAUAUUCUCUUUUGCACCACAGUUUUCACUGGUCUUUUAUUAUCAAUUGUCGUCCUCUACUGCAGGAUCUAUUCCAUGGUCAGGACUAGGAGCCGCAGUCUGACAUUUCGAAAAAACAUUACCAAAGCCACGAGGAGCUCAGAGAAAUCUCUAGCAUUGCUCAAGACAGUGAUCAUUGUCCUGAGCGCAUUUAUUGCCUGCUGGAGUCCCUUGUUCAUCCUACUCUUGCUGGAUGUGGGGUGCAAAGUGAAGGCCUGUUCAAUCCUCUUCAAAGCUGAGUAUUUCUUAGUACUGGCUGUGCUCAAUUCAGCCACGAACCCUAUCAUCUAUACCUUAACCAACAAAGAGAUGCGGAGGGCCUUCAUCAAGAUCCUGUGCUGUUGCAAAUGCCGCUCUGCAGAUUCUGGGGCCAAAUUCAAGAGGCCAAUCAUAGGAGGGAUGGAGUUUAGUCGAAGCAAAUCUGACAAUUCCUCCCACCCACAGAAGGAUGAGGGUGACUGCCCGGAGACAAUCAUGUCUUCAGGCAAUGUCACCUCAUCUUCUUAGAAGUAUCCAUCGGAGGCAUAUUUUAAAGCCUCCCCUUUGAAACCUGACAGACAAGAAGCUACCUGCUCACUGUAGCAACUCCAGAGAGAUGGCCUAAGUGAGCAAGAUAGCAUUAGUUCUGAAGAGGCAAGCAGGGCACUUGCAAGGGUGGAGUUCAGGAAGUGGGACAGACUGUUUUGGCUUGAAAAUAUUUCCCUCUGGAGCAUGUUUUGUCUUUGCACUGAGGCAGACUCAGGAUUGCCAGGAGUAUUCAUAACUUGGAAAGACUGAUGCCUUGGUGAAAUGGUGCCGUGUGUGUGCGAGUGUGUGCAUGACUGAGAGGCAGAAGGAGGAGGGUGGGAGAAUGAAUUGUUUUUUUCUUUGUGAAGAAUGUGAAGUUAUUAUUUCUUUACUUGCAGAAAAAGCCCUGACACAAAAGAUCUUUCUGUACCAAGUUUAGGGAUAGCUCUACUAUCCUGGGUCACAAGUGUUUGCCAUUUGGCAUGUAGCAGGAAGGAGAUCACACCAAUGUAAUCUAGAUCACUGACAACCAUAGGUUGGCAUCACUUUCCUGAGUUUUUAGAUGUAAUAAGAUUUCAUCUGCGGAGUCCAAAGCUUUUCUUUAGCAAGAUCAGUUCUGUGAAGUUGUGCUGAAAAUCCAUAUUACUUUUAAGAUCAUGAGCCAGAUUCUGCAUUAGAUUGCAUUCAUAUAACCCCAAAGAAGUCAAUAGGAUUGAAUGGGAGGAGCUCAGAAUAGCAUUUGGCCCCAUAGAUCUAUUGAUUUGUUACAUUUAGUAUGAAAUAAAUUACAUGACCAUAAUAGUUACAGGAUAAAACUACAGUUAAAGAGAAAAUGAACAUGUGAUAUUUGACAAGAUAAAUAUAAUACAGAAGCUCCCCGACUUAUGCAAGGCGUUUCAUUCCGGAACGCCUUGCAUAAGUCAAGUUUUGCGUAAGUCUGGAACGUAUCUCCAACAAUUACCCACACACACACACACACACACACAGCUUACAGAACUUACGGAACUUUUUCCGUAAGUCCAGAUUUCCAUAAGUCGGGUUUGCGCAACCCGGGGAGCGUCUGUAGUAUCAAGUACUAUUAGCAUCAGUGUUUUUGACUGAGUAAGGACAGAGUAAAUACUGAAAAAGAAUUUCAGGAUUUGGCCCACAGAGUUUCCAUAGUAAAGAUUGAUUAGAAAAUCUGUAUAGAAUACCAUGAAAUUCAGAGAAACAAAAAAGGACCUUUGUCCAAGUGAAAUGGCUUUUGAUGACAUAUAAAUGUACUUCCAUAACAAAAUGCAAGAAAUUUUUUGACACUUACUUUGUGUUCUUUGUAUUAGAAUGUUCAUAAUUUCAGCAAAGAUGUCUGUAUUUUAUCAAUUCACGUAAGAAAUACCUUUAAUUUAAAUUGAAUGUAUUUGUUUUAUGGCAUCAUUUCCAUUACAGUAUUUUUCUAACCUGCAUUAAGGGGGUUGAAUGUAUACAAUAUAUAUAAUUAACGAGAUGCAGAAGUCUUCAAACACCUAGAGCAUUAUUAUAACAAAAAAGUGUAUCGGGGUAGCUGAACAAUUGAUUAAUGUACAGUUAUUGUUGAAACCUAGAAGUGAUUUUCUAUAAAAAUGUUGUCUUUGUAGUAUGAUUUCCAGUGCAAUUAAACUGAUUUUUUUCUUUGUUUUUAAAAAAUAGUAUUUAAAAUGUUUGACUUUUAUUGUUCAAUUUGCACAUAGCUUUAUUGAUUUCUAAACAUUAAUAAACUGAUUUUUUUAAGA